CACAAAUCUCGAUGCGAAUCACCGGAGAUCAAGUGGCACGGCGGCGCCUCCACAAGGCAAUCCUCCUCCUCGCCGCAGUGACCCUCCCAUGCACUCUCCUCUACCUCAGCCCCACGCCAUCCACCACCUGGUUCCUCCUCUCCAACCCCUCUCAGCCGAUUACCCCCUCCUCCUCCUCCUCCUCUCAAGACCUCCGGCAAGUUCUCAAGGCCGCGGCCAUGGCGGACAAGAAGACGGUGAUUUUAACGAUGGUGAACUCUGCUUGGAUAUCACCGGGUUCGGUGAUGGAUUUGUUCAUGGAGAGCUUCAAGCUUGGGAAUGGGACGAGUGAGUUGUUGGAUCAUUUGGUGUUGGUGGCCAUGGAUGAGAAGGGUUACGUGAGGUGCAUGCAGGUGCACAACCACUGUUUCGCGUUGACCACUGAAGGCGUUGACUUUUCAGAGCAGAAGAACUUCAUGUCCGGUGGUUACUUGAAGAUGAUGUGGAGAAGGCUUGAGUUUCUUGGAACUAUUCUUAACUUGGGCUUUGACUUCAUCUUCUCAGACGCUGAUAUAAUGUGGUUAAGAAAUCCUUUGCUACAUUUCUAUUCAGAUGGAGAUAUUCAAUUUUCUUGUGAUAGAUUUAGUGGCUUUUCAGAGGACAUGAACAACGUUGCAAAUACUGGUUUUUAUUAUGUCAAAUCCAACAACAAGACCAUAAAUUUUUACAAGUAUUGGUAUUCAUCAAGAGUUAAUUAUUCUCGGCAUCAUGAUCAAGAUGUUUUUAAUUUUAUCAAAAAAGACUCAUACGCAAGAGAAUUAGGGGUAAAAUUUAAAUUUCUUGAUACGGUUAAUUUCGGUGGAUUUUGUCAACCCAGCAAAGAUUUCAACCAGGUUUGUACUAUGCAUGCUAAUUGUUGUAUUGGCUUGAGCCGGAAAAUACAUGACCUUGGUUUGGUGCUUGAUGAUUGGAGGAAGUAUAUGAGGAUGAGUUCAGAGGAAAGACAAACUCAAAGAAUGUCUUGGGGUGCGCCGAAAAAUUGUAGUCUCGCUCCACUUGGUUAGCAUGCUUGUUGUUUUAUAGGAUUGUUGUGUGAAUUUUUUAAAAAAAAAUUAUAUAUGAAUAAUCAA